CAAAUUAAAACCAUUUCAGCUUUAAUGGGAGUAUAAGGCAAACACAGAGAAUUUUAUUUCCCAAACCUACCUGCCUCCUUAUCCCAUGUUGUUUCUCUGUCAAUCAUAAUAAUUCAUCAAAAAGGAUUACUUCCUUCUCUCUAUUUCUUUGUUUCUGACUCUCUCAGACCCACAGGUGACUGCUGGAAAGGCGAAAAGGGAUACCAUGGCUUCUAUUUCUUGUUCUAUGCUCUAUUCUUUAGCUUUCCUCUCUAUCAUAUUUAAAUUUGGCUUUGUCUCUUCCAUUACUAUUCCAAUAUCACAUUCUUACACAAAUCAAAAUCCGUAUCAAGAUUCAUUCCAAAAGUUGAACCAUUUAGUCUCCACCUCUCAAACCAGAGCCCACCACCUCAAAUACCCCCAGUCUACCAGUACUCCAGUCUUUUCGCACAGCUAUGGCGGCUACUCCAUUUCUCUCAGCUUUGGUACUCCACCUCAAUCUCUCUCUUUUAUCAUGGACACUGGCAGUGACUUUGUCUGGUUCCCAUGUACUAUCCACUACCGCUGCAAGAGCUGCACUUUCUCCGCCUCAAAAAUUUCACCUUUUAUACCCAAACAUUCAUCAUCUUCCAAAAUCAUUGGCUGUAACAACCCCAAAUGCUCUUGGAUUCACCAAAACGAUUUACAGUGCUCAAACUGUAAAAACUGCUCUCAGAUCUGCCCUCCUUAUCUUAUCCUCUACGGUUCAGGUUCUACUGGAGGCCUUGCACUAUCAGAGACUCUCCAUCUCGAUGGCUUAACUGUAUCUAACUUUCUUGUUGGAUGUUCCGUUGUCUCUUCCCGCCAACCAGCGGGAAUUGCCGGUUUUGGCCGUGGCCUUUCUUCUUUACCCACACAACUUGGCCUCAGUAAGUUUUCUUACUGUUUACUUUCUCAUAAAUUCGAUGAUACUGCAAAAACCAGCUCUCUUGUUCUUGAUUCUCAGUUUGAUUCUGACAAGAAAACCACCGCAUUGGUAUACACGCCGCUGCUUAAAAACCCAAAACCGGAAGACAAACCCGCAUUUUCAGUUUAUUACUACGUGGGUCUCCGGCGAAUCAGCGUUGGCGGCCGCUCCGUCAAGAUUCCGUACAAGUACCUCGCUCCGGGAAAGGAUGGCAAUGGCGGAACCAUCAUCGACUCAGGGACGACUUUCACGUUCAUGUCACGUGAGGCUUUUGAGAAGCUAAGCAAUGAGUUCAUUUCACAGGUGAAGAAUUAUAAGAGAGAUGUGGCAAUAGAGGAGAAAAUUGGGCUGAAGCCUUGUUUUAACGUUUCGGGUACUAAGACGCUAGACCUUCCUCAAUUGAGUCUUCAUUUCAAGGGUGGUGCUGACGUGGAACUACCAUUGGAGAACUAUUUUGCUUUGGUUGGGGGAGGGGAUGUGGCGUGCUUGACGGUAGUGUCUGACGGGGUAGUGGAGGCCCCAGAGGCGGAUGUUGGGCCGGGGAUCAUUUUGGGAAAUUUCCAGAUGCAGAAUUUUCUCGUAGAAUAUGAUUUGAGGAAUGAGAGGAUAGGAUUCAAGCAAGAGUCUUGCAAGUGAUUGGAUUAGAUUUGUAAGUAAAAAUAAAAUUUGGCCAAUCUUCUUCCUUUCUUUCUUGUUAUGUAAUCUUUUGUUUCGUGCAAGUAAUCAAAUCAUUCAUAAUGGUACCAUAGACUAUUAGACUCA